UCGCAGUAAAUUAUUAAAAAUUUGGCGCCAUUGAUGCGCAUGAGUCUUUGUGCCGAAAGAUCAACACUUAGAAAGAAAAUGACAGAAAAAGACGGUGAAGGCUUUGAUGAUGCUGUAGAAGAAAGAGUUAUCAACGAAGAAUAUAAAAUAUGGAAGAAAAACACCCCUUUUUUGUACGAUUUGGUAAUGACACAUGCUUUAGAAUGGCCCAGUCUUACAGCACAAUGGUUACCUGAUGUCACAAGACCAGAAGGAAAAGAUUAUUCUCUUCACAGAUUAAUUUUAGGAACACACACGACAAGCUCAGACGAACAGAAUCACUUACUCAUAGCCAGUGUACAGCUACCCAACGACAACGCACAGUUUGAUGCAUCACAUUAUGACAGUGAAAAGGGAGAAUUUGGUGGAUUUGGUUCUGUAAGUGGUAAAAUAGAAAUAGAAAUAAAAAUAAACCAUGAAGGUGAGGUGAACAGAGCCAGAUAUAUGCCACAGAAUCCUUGUAUUAUAGCCACAAAGACGCCGUCCAGCGAUGUCUUGGUUUUUGACUACACAAAGCAUCCAUCAAAACCAGAUCCCAGUGGAGAGUGCAAUCCUGAAUUGAGAUUAAAAGGUCACCAAAAAGAAGGGUAUGGUUUGUCAUGGAACCCCAAUUUAAAUGGACAUUUACUCAGUGCAUCAGAUGACCAUACAAUUUGUUUAUGGGACAUUAAUGCCACACCUCGAGAUACAAAAUUAGUUGAUGCACAGACAAUUUUUACAGGACACACUUCAGUGGUUGAAGAUGUAGCUUGGCACUUAUUACAUGAAAGUCUUUUUGGUUCAGUAGCAGAUGAUCAAAAAUUGCUGAUUUGGGAUACCAGAUCUAAAAGCACAUCUAAACCCAGUCACACAGUGGAUGCCCACACAGCUGAAGUCAACUGCUUGUCAUUUAAUCCUUAUAGUGAAUAUAUCCUUGCCACAGGUUCUGCAGAUAAAACUGUUGCAUUGUGGGAUUUGCGGAAUUUAAAGUUGAAGUUACAUUCAUUUGAGUCGCAUAAAGAUGAAAUAUUCCAGGUUCAAUGGUCCCCACAUAAUGAGACAAUUCUAGCCUCCAGUGGAACAGAUAGAAGACUCCAUGUAUGGGAUCUUAGUAAAAUAGGAGAAGAGCAGUCAGCAGAGGAUGCUGAAGAUGGACCACCAGAAUUAUUGUUUAUACACGGAGGACAUACAGCAAAGAUCUCAGACUUCUCUUGGAACCCAAAUGAACCCUGGGUAAUAUGUUCUGUAUCAGAAGAUAACAUUAUGCAGGUCUGGCAAAUGGCUGAGAAUAUCUACAAUGAUGAAGAGCCUGAUACUCCAGCAACAGAAUUAGAGGCCACAGCUUCAUGAUGUGUGAGACUCCAGAAUCAUUAAACAUUACUUAUAACAUACUGACUCUAGAUAGCAGUGCUGAUAAAUUAUUCAUGUAAAUCUUGUCAUUAAAAAUACAUUUUUACCA